AUGAAGAAUUGCAUCCAUAUUCCCGAUGAUUUCGCCGGGUUUGAUCCUUGUGGCUUUUGUAUUCCUCAGCCCCUGGCGAGCUCCAUUCAUAGGGUGCUUAUUCCUCACGGUAUGAUCAAGGACAGGAUUAAAAAAUUAGCCGACGAUAUUUUCAAAGCCUUGGUCGAAGAGGAGGUGGAGUCUGUUUCUUUGCUCUGCGUGCUCAAGGGAGCAUAUCGGUUUUAUGCCGAUCUCCAGGAAAGUCUCAGCGCUGUCAAUGCGAACGAGAGUAGCAAAGGCCAUUUCCACAUCAUUCCUGAAUUCAUCAGGCUCAAAAGCUACGAAAACACUUCCUCACAAGGAGAGGUCAAGAUUAUGGGCAUUGAUGAUCUCGAGAAAAUUCGGGGCAAGACCGUUGUGGUUGUUGAAGACAUCAUCGACACUGGUCGAACAAUGCGAAAGCUUCUGUCCACUCUAGAAAGCCAUCAACCAAAGAAGGUCAUUGUCGUUUGCCUCUUAAGGAAACGAACACCACUCUCCGAUGGAUACAAGCCGGACUUUGUGGGCUUCGAAAUUCCGGAUCGAUUCGUCAUCGGCUAUGCUUUCGACUAUAAUGAAUACUUCAGAGACCUCAUGCCGCUCUGUGUUAUAAGUGAAAAAGGAAUAGAGAAUUUCAAGGAAUAA